AACGCGACCGGCGUAGGUCCCGGGCGCAACUGCCGCCCUGUCUCGGAGGCCGGCGGCGGAGUCGUUGCGGCUCUCCCGGGCGAGACGAGGGCAGAGGUGGCCAUGGCGGAAAGGCCAGAGGACCUGAACCUUCCCAACGCCGUCAUCACCAGGAUCAUCAAGGAGGCGCUCCCUGACGGCGUCAACAUCUCCAAAGAGGCCCGGAGCGCCAUCUCUCGGGCUGCCAGCGUGUUCGUGCUGUACGCCACCUCCUGUGCAAACAACUUUGCGAUGAAAGGAAAACGGAAGACCCUAAAUGCUGGUGAUGUACUAUCAGCAAUGGAAGAGAUGGAGUUUCAGCGAUUCAUUUCACCUUUGAAAGAAGCACUAGAUGCAUAUAGGCGUGAACAGAAAGGUAAGAAGGAAGCUUCAGAGCAAAAAAAGAAGGAUAAAGACAAAAGAACAGAUUCUGAGGAGCAAGACAAGAGCAGGGAAGAUGAUAAUGAUGAGGAUGAUGAAAGAAUGGAAGAGGAGGAGCAGAAUGAAGAAGAAGAGGUUGACAACUGAGAGGUUGACAAUGGAGAGAAUGAGUCAGAUGAUAAACUUGGGGUUCAACACUGUUGCCUCCACUGUACUGUUUGACAGAGAAUUCUGUGGCCUUUUCCUCCACUGCUAAAAAUGCUCAUAUAUGAGGACCUGAGAAUACUUCUUGAAUAAUCCCCAAACCAGAGUUUUUCUGAAUGAGGUCUUUCCACUUUCAUUUUACAUAAUCCAUAAAUUGUGACCUUUUGACAAGGUAGGUUAUGAAUUGCCAUUUGAUCAAAUUUUUAUAGGAAAAAUAUAGAAGAUUCAUAUAUUUCACUUGCUGUUUUAUGACCCAAAUUUCAUACUAUCUAUUAUUUAGGGGCUGUAGAGGCAGCUAAAAAUUGGAGAGGUUUGAACUCCUGUGAUAGAUUGACUGUGUAGCUCAUUGAAAGAGUAAUGGAGCCACUCUGGAUUUGGGGGACUGUCCAAAAAGUCUAGGGUAAAGAAUGUAACUUUCAUCCCUUUGAAAGUAACUUUCAGCAAGGUUCUGCCUUCUUUGGUUUGUAACUGAUUAUCUUCUCUUCUUGAGUCUUCCUUCCCGUAGUCUCUUGCUGAGUUUGGAAGUUGGUCGCUAUUUGCCAUGCCCUACUUAGCACUUUGUUUUGAAGUUUGUACUUCACUAUGUUAGUGGAGUGUUGGGUCUAAUAUAAAGUAGGCAUUUCACCUCAAAAUUCUCUUCCUUUCCCCUGCCUACUGAACAAAAUUUUGAAAACAGACUUUCUUGUAUAUGUAGUCCCUUUACUUUUGGUUUUGUAGUAAACCUCACAAGUAUUUCAUCCUUGUAAGCGCUUGGCUUUUUUAUUUAAGAAAUGGCAAGCUCCAAAAUUCAUUUCUUCUAGGUACUACACAGUCGCUGUCUCCAGACUGUUCUUUGCUUUGGUAACUUGUGACCUUCAAUCCAGCUUAAUUUAAGAAAUGUAAGGUUUUCUUCCAGUCCCAAAGUUGUGAUUCUUGUCUUUUAAAGACAAGCUUGAUAGAAUAACUGUUAAUGAAAUAUAAUAAUGCUUAGGAAUAUAAUUCUAGUAAACCACUUUUCUAAAGUGGUUUUGGUGGGGCCUUCAUCUUUUGUUAGGUUUCCCCUUCCCAUUCACUCCCAAGUAGUGUUUAGCUAGAGGGGACUCCCACAGUGACCACAUUCAGUCCCUCUAUUAAGAGAGCUACCUUGAAAAUUGGGAGGAAAGGUUCUUGCCAACUUCUCCCCCUAGUCAGUCUUAAUUUUUUUUUGGUCUAAAAAAUACUAAUAGUAACCCCAUUCCAACUGGAGUAUGACAAGUGAACAAAUGUAAUCUGCUAUCAUUUACUCAUUAAUGGAUUAUAGGGACAAGUUUGUUGAUAAAUGAGGGAAGAAUCUCAUUUCUCCACAUUUGGGGGAAGGAAAUACAGUGGUUUGUAUAAAUAAAAAAUGUUGUUUAAAUUGUUA